AUGAGGUUCAGUCUGCCCAAGCUAUCAGCAUGGGUAGCUCUCGUCAGCUCCGCCCUAGCAAAACAACCAAACAUCCUCUUCAUCAUCACUGACGACCAAGAUGGCCACAUGGGCUCAAUUGAACACAUGCCCCUGCUCAAGAAGCAUAUAACCGACAAAGGCACAACCUACCAAAACCACUUUUGCACAAUCGCCAUCUGCUGUCCUUCAAGAGUGAACCUCUGGACUGGAAGAGCUGCUCACAACACCAAUGUCACUGAUGUGGGUCCGCCUUACGGAGGAUACCCCAAGAUUGUCAAGGAAGGCAUCAAUGACGACUAUCUGCCUGUGUGGAUGCAAGAGGCUGGCUACAACACUUACUAUACUGGAAAACUGUGGAAUGCGCAUACCAUCAACAACUACAAUGCACCUUUUGUCAAGGGUUUCAAUGGCUCCGACUUUUUGCUUGAUCCGUUCACCUACGAUUACUGGCAUGCUAGGAUGUCGAGGAACGGAGGGGCGCCAAAGGAUUACUCGGGUCAAUACUCGCCGGAUGUUGUGGCUGACAAGGCAUAUGGAUUUCUCGAGGAAGCUAUUGAGGGUGAUGCUCCGUGGUUUGUCACCGUUGCACCUAUUGCUCCUCACAGCAAUAUCGUUGCCCAUCCACCCAGUGGCCCCAUCAAUGAGCUAGAAGUGCUUGCCCCUGGACCAGCCAACAAGUUUGCGAUUCCCGAGUAUGCACCUCGUCACGCACAUCUGUUCAAGGACUACAAGAUUCCAAGAACCGAAGACUUUAAUCCCGAAGUUCCAAGCGGAGCAAGUUGGAUAGCCCAACUACCCAGACUAAACUCCACCCAGAUUGCCUACAACGACGAAUUCCAACGUGCCAGACUACGCGCACUACAGUCGGUCGACGAAAUGAUCGAGCGCUUGGUCAACCUUCUGGAUUCCAAGGGUGUACUUGAAGACACCUACAUCUUCUUCACCACCGACAAUGGUUUCCACGCUAGUCAGCACCGCAUGCAUCCCGGCAAAGAAUGUGGUUACGACACCGAUAUCCACAUCCCACUCAUCAUCCGCGGUCCUGGUAUUGCUGCAAACGCCACAAAAGAUAUCGUGACUUCACACACCGAUAUGGCACCUACGCUUCUUUCCCUCGCAAACGCCACACGCCCUGAUUUCGACGGCACUGCUAUCCCUUUACUUGCCUCAAACUCCAACGCAACUCGCGGCGAACACAUCAACGUCGAGUUCUGGGGUAUCGGUCUGCCAGAGGGCAAAUUCGGCAUCGCUGAACCACUCGGAGGUCUCUCCUACCCUAACAACACUUACAAAGCUUUGCGUUUGGUGAGUGGCAACUACAGUCUGUACUACUCCGUGUGGUGCACCGGCGAACACGAAUUCUACAACCUCCACAAUGAUCCCGGUCAAAUGCACAAUCUGUUCUCGGAUGCAGAAUUGGCAAAGCAGUUUGAGUUGGCGGGAAGAUCGUUCCAGGAUGUCGUUUAUCGCUUGGAUGCGCUGCUGGUGGUGCUCAAGACGUGUAAAGGCGAUUCUUGCAUUCAUCCUUGGUCCGAGUUGCAUCACUCGUCUGCUUCAUCUUUAGCAAGUCCCACAUCUCUCCUUCAAGCUCUGGACCCAGCCUACGAUUCCUUUUACCAAACUCAACCCAAAGUGGGCUUUUCGUCUUGCGAAUUAGGCUAUAUACCCGAAGCUGAGGGAAAUGUCGACCACAUAAACUUUGGCGCUGCGGGAGUGGAUUGGGAUGGUGUUGCUGCUGCAGGAGACUCACCCGCUAGGAAAGGUCAGGAGCCUUUUCGGUACAGAGGUAGUUGGAGCGAUUGGGUUUAG